UAAGGACUAAUAAAAAAAUGAUCCGAUUUUGUAACAAACGUGUUUCUCUAUUAUAAUCCUCGAUCUCUUCGUGAAUAACUGGGUCGGUUAUUGCGAAAUCUCGCGUAUUUAUUUAGGUAACGUGUGUCUCGCCUUCCGUCUUCCAUAAAAUUUGACAUUUAUGCGUGUAACUUCUAUAACUGGUUAAAGUAAUUCAUCUUUUGUAGCAGGCAGGUGUGCCAGUUCGAGGCCUACAACACUUAUACUAGACGACUAAUUAUUGCGCAAUUUAAAGAGUUUAUUGUUUUUAAAAAGAAUUGUUAAAUGUCUAUUGCUAUGCGGAAUUUUGGCGCCCAACACAAUAUGGGAGAAAAUUACGUAGAUCCAGCUAUUAAUCGUUCUAAAUGACGUUCGUUUCCUCUAAUUCUAACCAAACAAGCCCCGAUUUAUCACAACUACACGGAUUACCCAUAAAUGUAUCGAGUACCUGAAGUACUUACAUGCAACGAAACGUUAUUAAUACAAAAACCAACAGAGAGCUUUUUCAAAUUAAACAAAUAACAAGAGUGUGGUAAGCGCCAUUGAUUUUUUGAUACGUGCGGUUGUUAUUACUUGAUGACAUUCCAGGAUCAUCUCUCUUAGUAUUUAGGGUUUUUUCGAUAUGAGUUUUUACUUCUUCACGUCAGCGGCUACGUUUAGGGGCGAAGCUGACGUGUGGUCCGACAGUCCCACACCAAGAGGGAAGAUUUUGUACUCCGUGGUUACACCUAUUUUGUGUUGUUUCGGUAUAUUCGGCAACGUCGUUUCCUUGAUGGUUUUAAAGAGGAAGGAACUGGUUGGGUCGGUUUAUACAUAUUUGGCAAUUUUGGCAUGCGUGGACUUGACAAUGUCAAUAAUUCUCCUAUUCGGUGGAAUCAGUAGGGGCGUAAUGUGGAAAUACGGGUGGAACAAUUACGAUGCCAUAUUGGGAAUAUCGUUGGGCUCGGCGGUAAGCACCUUGGGGCAGCUCGCUAUAGUAACACUUACCAUCGAUCGAGUGAUUUAUUUAUGGAACCCGGUGCAAUGCACCAAGCCGAAAUUUUGCAAACCGAGAGCGGCUAGGAGAAAUAUGAUUUUUUGCCUUUUUGUCGCCCUAUUGUCCAGCUUACCUUAUUGUUUCGUUUAUAAAUGGGGCGAUAAUGGAAGUUUGGAAACCACCCCGUUUUUUGAUUCCAGGUUUUAUAAGGCCUUUAACUGGUUUACACUGUUCGCUUUCGCAGUGAUUCCCACAAUAAUUUUACUACUAGGCAACGGAUUCCUAAUAAUGUCCUUACGUAAGGCGAAAAUCAUCAAUAAGAGGUCUAACAAAUGUCGCACCAGUAGGUGCAAAAGAAGAGACCAUACCAAUCUGACCAUAACCCUUGUGAUGAUCAUAAUAAUGUUCUUGAUAACCAACUUGCCUGAGAGUCUUGUAUCCAGGGCGACUGCCAUAAAUUUACUUUUCAAUGGGAAUCAUACCGCGGCCAAUAACGCCGUAACUCUGGAAAAUAUCCGGCAAGUGUGCACGAUUUUAAGUGCCAUAGAUGUGAACACGAAUUUCAUUUUUUAUUACACCUUUUGCCCGGCAUUUUGUAACGCUUUGAAGAACAUCUGCAGGUGUAAACAGAGACGACUGUCAAACCUACAGGUGAACGUGUUUGUGCUGAACUCAGCCGAUGCCAAACCGAAAAACCUGGAAAGUGAAGAAAUUAAUAAAAAGGUUCAAAAGGUGCUGGCGAUAUCCAGAAAGAGCAUCGAAUCGGCCAUCGCGUUCAACUUGGACGUGGACGGAAGCAACAAGGAUUUCCAGAGUCACGGAUACGCAUUUUCUCCUGGAGAGUAUGUGGAAAUCGAGAACGAUUACACGCCUCCCUUCAGUACGAUCUUGGAAGAAUCAUCCGUUAGUAGUAAUAGUUCUAGUAAGCAAAUGAUUUCGAACUAUGUCAAUUAAUGAAUGAUUAAACGAAUUCGAAGUA